GUCGCCAUGACACGUCCAACAUUACCGCAACGGUUGUUGCAGGCAGUAUUGCUAUGCCUCUGCACGGCCUAUACCAAUGCUCUGACACUGGACACGACCAGUGCAGACUCAAUCAGAGAGGUUUCGUCACAAGUCGCAUACGGAUUGAUGAAGUGGUAUACUGGCAACAACACUGGAGAUGUACCGGGAAACUUGCCUGCGCCAUACUACUGGUGGGAGGCUGGCGCAAUGUUUGGAGAGAUGGUCGAAUAUUGGUACUACACUGGAGACACAACAUACAACGCCGAGGUCAAGCAAGCCCUGUUACACCAGGUUGGCGACAACAAUGACUACAUGCCGGCCAACCAGACAAAGAGCUUGCCANNGGGAAACGACGACCAAGUCUUCUGGGCAUUCGCCGCAAUGACCGCCGCUGAAGUCGGUUUCGAAAAUCCUCCGGAAGGUUCACCCUCAUGGCUAUCGCUAGCACAAGCUGUCUUCAACGAACAAACAGAAAGAUGGGACCCGGCAUCCUGCGGUGGUGGUCUUCGCUGGCAGAUCUACUCCUUCAACGUCGGAUACAACUACAAGAAUGCCAUCUCCAACGGAGGUCUUUUCCAUCUUGCUGCUCGCCUUGGUCGCUAUACCGGCAAUCAGACGUACAUCGACUGGGCCAACAAAGUCUGGGAUUGGUACGAGGACUCGGCUCUGUGGGACGCAAAAGACUUCAAAAUUCUCGACGGUGCAAGCACAACAACCAAUUGCUCUCAGGGCAGUCAAGAGCAAUGGUCUUAUACAUAUGGUGUAUUCCUGGCCGGUUUUGCCUACAUGUACAACCAUGUAUGUCUUCCUUCAUCUGGCUUUGUUGUGCGCAUUCAGCUAACCCUUGUACUUUGUAGNACCGAAAAUGAAGUCUGGCUUAACCGUAUCGACGGCAUGCUGAACACAACGACCGCCACCUUCUUCCCUGCAAACAUGGGUCCCAACAUCAUGGUCGAGACGACUUGCGAACCUCUUGGAAAUUGCAACAACGAUCAAAAAUCCUUUAAAGCCCAUCUCGCUCAGUGGAUGGCCCUUACCGCACAACUCGCUCCGAAAUACCACGACAGAAUUUUCAACCUUCUAGCGCCAUCUGCUAAAGGCGCUGCUGGGCAGUGCGAUGGCGGAACAGAUGGCGUGACCUGUGGCAAAAGGUGGAACAGCACCACCUGGGACGGCACCUACGGUGUAGGCGAGCAAAUGAGCGCUCUAGGCGUGAUUCAGACAAACAUGAUCAAUGUUGUGUCUCUGAAGCCGCCAUACACAUCAGUUUCUGGCGGUACCAGCAAGAGUAAUCCGAAUGCCGGUACUGGCUCGAGUGGGACGUCUUCUUCGAAUGGUCAGGCGAUCGUUUUGUCGUCCAUAACCACAGGUGACAGAGCCGGUGCUGGCGCCAUCACUGCUGUCAUUAUUCUCUUCACCCUGGGCGGAACAGCCUGGUUGCUGAUCGCUUAA